AUGAGAGUUGAAAGAAUCAGGGAAGAAGCGGGACACGUGAGUCAAAGUGUAUCCGAGUUCCUCACAGCCCCAGAGCGGGAGGCCGCGUGCAGCCAGGCCGCGGACGCCUCCCCUUCCGUCUUCCGUCUGACGUCACAGGGCGCGGCUGACGCGGGUGUCCGGGCUCGGCGAGCUCUAGGAGCGCGCGAGUGCGCGCGGAGGUGCUUUGACUUUGAAAUGCAGCGGGAUUUAGUGAGUUUGCCGCUGUCCCCGGCUGUGCGAGUGAAGCUGGCGUCUGCAGGUUUCCAGACUGCUGAGGAACUCCUAGAGGUGAAACCCUCCGAGCUCAGCAAAGAAGUUGGGAUAUCUAAAGAGGAAGCCUUAGAAACUCUGCAAAUUAUAAGAAGAGAAUGUCUUACAAAUAAAACAAGUUAUUCUGUUACAGCUGAGUCAGGCAGGAAGUGUACAGCACUGGAACUUCUUGAACAGGAGCAUACCCAGAACUUCAUAAUUACCUUCUGUUCAGCACUGGAUAAUAUUCUUGGGGGUGGAAUACCCUUAACCAAAACAACAGAAAUUUGUGGUGCACCAGGUGUUGGAAAAACACAACUAUGUAUGCAGCUGGCAGUAGAUGUGCAGAUACCAGAAUGUUUUGGAGGAGUGGAAGGUGAAGCAGUUUUUAUUGAUACAGAGGGGAGUUUUAUGGUUGAUAGAGUGGUAGACCUUGCUACUGCCUGCAUUCAGCACCUGCAGCUUAUAGCAGGAACACAUAUGGGAGGAGAGCACCCAAAGGCUUUGCAGGAUUUCACUCUUGAAAAUAUUCUUUCCCAUAUUUAUUAUUUUCGUUGUCGUGACUACACAGAACUACUGGCACAAGUUUAUCUGCUUUCAGACUUCCUUUCAGAACACUCAAAGAAGUCUAGACAGCAAAACAAAUCAACUCGAUCUGUAGCUUAUUUGCUUGCUGAUUUCCAUGUAGAAAAUACUCCUAUCAUAGCUGAUUUCAAGUAUGUCAUUGGACGUGGAGUAGAGAAGAAACCGUGCACAUCGUUAUGUAGUGUUUCCACUAUAAAGGUUCGAUUAGUGAUAGUGGAUGGUAUCGCUUUUCCUUUUCGUCAUGACCUAGAUGACCUGUCCCUUCGUACUCGAUUAUUAAAUGGCCUAGCCCAGCAGAUGAUCAGCCUUGCAAACAACCACAGAUUAGCUGUAAUUUUAACCAAUCAGAUGACAACAAAGUUUGAUAGAAAUCAGGCCUUGCUGGUUCCUGCACUGGGGGAAAGUUGGGGACACGCUGCUACAAUACGGCUUAUCUUUCAUUGGGACCAAAAGCAAAGGUUGGUGACAUUGUACAAAUCACCAAGCCAGAAGGAAUCUACAGUACCAUUUCAGAUCACACCUCAGGGAUUUAGAGAUGCUGUUGUUGCUACUGCAUAUUUAUUGCAAACAGAAGGUUCAUUGAAUUCCCGGAAGCGAUCGCGGGACUCAGAGGAAGAACAGGAAUCCAAAGACUAGGCUCAAAGUAUACAUAUGUAUUGAUGCCUAUGAGAGAUGGAAUGUUUACAAGUAGUAGACUCUUACUUUAGAGUAUGAACACACUAUGGUGUGAAUGAAUUAGGUCUAUAUGUUAAGUGAAUGGUGAAUGAACAAAUCAGGUCUGUAUUAAGUGAAACUACUUAACAAAUAUGAUUCUCUGAAAGAGUUCUUCUAAAUUAGCAGUGUUCUAUAGUUAUGUGUGACCCUGUUUUCAUUUUAAUAACAUUGAGUAGAGAUAUUACAGGUAUUGUGUUUUGCAAAUGUGGAAAGCUGAUCUCAUGUGGCUAAUCUGAAUUUAAUAUUCAGACUUUUUUUCCCUCAUUUCUUUGCCAGUUGCCUAGACAUUUCUAAAAAGAAAAGAUUUUUUUUCACAUUCCCAUUGUGCUCUCCUCUUUAAAUGUAGCUUUGAUGACUCUUAAAAAUGACCUAUUUCUAUUUUAAAGAAAAGCCAGCACCAUGAGUCAGCAUACUAUUACAUUCAGUUGAUGGGUAGGAUACAAACUUUAGAUGACCACUCUGAUUUUAGUGACCUCAAUCCUAAAAUUGAAGUCAUUGGUUCAUUUUUUAAUGUUAUUUUAUAAUGUUAAAGGAAAUACUUAGAAGUUGUUAUCCCAUCUAGAAUAUUGACUGGAACGUACAUCUUCCAGAAUAUUCAGGUUGAUAAGCUCACAGUCAUUUAUUUCUGUAUUUUUGAAACAUGAUGUGAUCCAGCUCUAGGUGUAUUGACAUUUUCCUUUGAAUAAUCUUAACACUGCUUGAAUAAAUUAAAAAUCUGAAUUCUUGAGUGGUUUCAAAGUCUAAAAAUGUUUUGGUACCUGGUUUGUCUUAGUACCUCUUAAUUCAUUUACAAGAUUUACUUUGACUCCUGGAGAAGAAAAUUAUUUAAGUGAUUGAAUAUUAUAUAAUGUGCCAACCAUAUUUUCCAGAUUUUAGUGACAGUUGGUAUUUCCUGUCCCAGACUGAACACUAAAUUCAUAAAAUUUUUAACAUGUAGUUAUUCUGUAAUUGAUUAUACACAGUCUUAACUAUAGUUUUGCAAAGACUUUUUAAAAAGCAAAAGAAGGCUCUGCUCGCCAUUAUACCUGGACAUAAAUCAGGACUGUCCCAGGAAAAUCAGGUUUACGGGCGUCCUAAUUAUCCAAGACUAAUUUCAAUUGAUUACUUUAGGAUAACCAAGUAGCUAUCUUAUUUUUGAGGGCUUUAAGGCAUAUGUUUUUAUUAUAAUUAAUGCAGUCCUUGUCAAAAUUGACUUGUCAUUUUAUAUUCUGUCUACUCCAAUCAUAACAUCAGGAGAGUAAGGGGGUUGUUAAAUGAUAAAUAUCAGUGUUACCAGUCAUCAGAUACUGUAAGAGCUCAUUUUCUAAAGCUUAUAACACUGUACUUUAAAAGAACUGUAAGACUCUGAAUAUAGACAAAGCCAAGUGUAUUUCUUUUGUUUGCAACUUUUAAAAUAAAAUUUACAUAUCAUAGUUUUUCAAAA